ACCACUGUCGAGUUGGAACGCCAGUCUGGCAACGCUGGGCACUUUGUUAUUUUUUGUGGCUCCAUAAAAUCACUUAUCAGCAUUGAAAUUAAAGAUAAAGGGUGGAAAAAAGUGAAAGCACCUGCGGGGAAGCACCAGCUUUGGAGAGCCACCUCAGCUAGGCAUUGGGAAUAUGUGCUAGACACCCGGGCAGGCCGCGGAAAAGACCACACACAAAGAGGGCGUCAACAAAAAGAAGUCGUGGGGGAGGAGACCAGAACAAAAAGGCCAGGAAAAGUUACACUCAGCCAGAUAUCAGAGUGAAAAAGGGGUAUUGCACAGACCUGCGACGAUGAGCAACCACAGAUACCACCAGGGGGGCAACUACAUGCACCCCCGCAUCUCCUCCUACCCGCACCACUUCAGCUACGUUUCUUCCUGCGUCAAGUACAUGAUCUUCCUGCUGAACUUCCUCUUCUGGCUCUUUGGCGGCCUGCUCCUGGCCAUCGGCAUCUACGCCUUCAUGGACAAGCUGAAGGACGGCAAUGGCUGGCUGCGACUGGACACCGUCUACGAUGUAAUCUUCAACAUCUCGCUGGUCAUGAUCAUCGCCGGAGUGAUCGUGUUCACGGUCAGCUUCGCCGGCUGCCUGGGCGCCCUGCGCGAGAACACCUGGCUGCUGAAGCUGUACUCCAUGUGCCUGCUGCUCUUCUUCAUCCUCGAGAUGACGCUGGCCAUCAUCUGCUUCGUGUUCCCGCAGUACAUGAACUCGUUCCUCGAGUACCAGUUCACCGACAAGAUCAUCCAUUCGUACCGCGACGACGCCGACCUGCAGAACUUCAUUGACUUUGCCCAGCAGGAGUUCAAGUGCUGCGGCCUGAGCAACGCCGGUUACCAGGACUGGAGCAAGAACGAGUACUUCAACUGCUCCUCGCCGUCGGUGGAGAGGUGCGGCGUGCCCUACAGCUGCUGCAUCAAUGCCACCGACAUCAGCUCCGGCCUGGUGAACAUCAUGUGCGGCUACGGCGUGCAGGAGCACUCGGUGGCCGCCGCCAGCAAGCGCAUCUGGACCAGCGGCUGCAUCGAGAUCGUGCGCGUCUGGGUGGAGCGCAACCUGUAUGUGAUUGCCGGCGUGGCACUGGGCAUAGCCCUGCUGCAGCUGUUCGUCAUCUACCUGGCCAAGACCCUGGAGGGACAGAUCGACCUGCAGAAGUCGCGCUGGUCGUGAGUGCAAUGCCACCAUCCGUACCUUUACGGAUAUCCGCCCUGCGAGGACGAUCCGUACUACAAUUCGCGGAUGUGAGGCGGACUCUUCUGGUCCUGCCCCUGCUCAAAUAGUUUCAAACCCAAGCCCACUCCUAGAAUAAUCCAUAGCUCCCUGUACACCAUCUCUUGUGUUUUCGAUCGGUUCAAGUUCUAGUGUCCCCCCUCAAAAAAAAAAAAAACAGUCUUACAAUCGUAUUAUACUCGUCUAGACCUAGGUAAUAUAUUUAUACUCGAAUGUAUUCGUAAAUUGCAACUCUGAAUGUUUUUUAACGUCAGCGUAAUUCUUAGUCACAAGUGAAGUCGAACAAAUCUAAACUUUUACUCGAUUAUACAUAUAUAUGCAAUAUCGUACUAAUUAAAAGACACUUGUAUAUAAGCUAGCGAGUUCCGUAAGAAUAUGCAUUUAAAAUGAGAUUUAUAUUUAACGACGAAACCAAAACUGCAUGCCCGUUUGUUAGCCACAACAACAUACUAGACUUAUUAGCAUUUUUAAGUAUCUGCGCUCGAGUUUGUCGGCCAACCUUGUUGUAGUGCGCGUUUAAAUACAGACAUUCUAUACGUGUAA